AUGAGCCACGAACUCCAUACAGGCUUCCACUUUGUCAAUGAGCGUCACAACGACACGUAUCCGACGGUCGACCCGAGCAAGCGGGACUUCUCCGGCCGCUAUGUGUUUAUCACGGGUGCCUCCAAGGGCAUCGGCCGCGAGACGGCUCUGUCGUUUGCCAGCGCUGGUGCCGCCGGCAUUGGCAUCGGUGCGCGCUCGGGCCUUGAAGACCUGCUAGAGCCUCUUGCGGCCGCAGCGAAGGCCGCCGGAAAAGCGCCGCCGCAGGUCGUGGCCGUGCCGCUGGACGUCACAGACGAGGACAGUGUCGCUGCGGCUGCCGCCACGGUGGCCAAGACGUUUCCGCGCAUCGACGUGCUCGUCAACAACGCCGGCUUCCUCGAGAAGCGCGCCAAGAUUGGCGACAGCGACCCGGCCGAGUGGUGGACGACCUUCAACGUCAAUGUGCGCGGGCCGUACUUGGUGACGCGGGCCUUUUUGCCGCAAAUCACGUCGCCCAAAGACGGCGGCGGCACGAUUGUCAACGUCAGCAGCAUUGCCGCGCACCUACUAUCCCAGGGCGGCUCCGCGUACCAGACGAGCAAGCUGGCGCUGCAGCGGUUCACCGAGUUUCUGGAUGUCGACCACGGCCUGAACACAUCCGAGGGCAUUCUGACGUUUGCCAUCCACCCGGGCGGCGUGUUGACCGACAUGGGCCGGCGGCUGCCCCUGGAACGGCAGUCCUACCUGACUGAGACGCCAAAGCUAGCGGCGGACGUGAUUGUGUACCUGACCGAGAAGCGGCGGUUGUGGCUGGCGGCGCGGUACCUGUCGGCAACGUGGGACGUCGAAGAGCUACUGAGUAAGGAAGACGAAAUCGUCAAGGGCGACAAACUCAAAGUGCGUAUGGUUGUGUAA